UAAAAAUAAAAAAUCGAGUGCGAAAGUUUCAUAAUUCACACGCACAUUUUGCGUCUUCUUCUCGCUUCCAUUUCUCUCUCACACACCACUCUGCUCUCUCUCUCUCACUGCCGGAACCCUAAUUCGAUCUACCGGACUUCGAAAUCACCGUGAAUCAGUUGUUGAUGCAGUAGUAGAUGACUGUGCAUUUGGGGAAUACUUGAAGAGAUCAACGGGGUUGGAUUUCCUCGCCGAAUGGAGGGAGGUAGCGUCUCUAGACUUACUUCUUCUGGGAUAUACCCAUGGAUUAUGAUGACAAUGAUUUUCAAAGCCAGAACCUCCAUUUAGCUGGUGAAGGGAACACGAAAUUUCCUCCAGUAUUAAGGCCAUAUGCUCUCCCCAAGUUUGAUUUUGACGAAAGCCUUCAAGGGCAUUUAAGAUUUGAUAGUUUGGUUGAAACUGAAGUUUUCCUUGGCAUUGAAAGUAACGAAGAUAACCAGUGGAUUGACGCAUACUCCCGGGGGAGUAGUGGCAUAGAGUUCAGUUCAACUGCAGCUGAAACUUGCUCUAUUUCAAGGCAUAAUAAUGUUUGGUCUGAGGUUACUUCCUCGGAAUCUGUUGAAAUGUUGUUAAAAUCUGUUGGACAGGAGGAGUUUAUCCCUAGCGAAGCUGUUUUACAGGAAUCGGAUGCCUGUGAUGAACUGGCUUGCUUAGCUAAGCAAAUGGAGCCCAAUCUAAACCCUGAUAAGGAAAAUGAGUUUAAAGAUAAUGCUACUGAUUUUCAGCCGCCUAGUUGUAUUCAGGAAAACUUAUCUGGAUCGAAGGAAGAUGUAGAAAUGGAUCAGUCAGCUGGAGUUUCCCAAGGUCACGAAGGCAAAUUAUCAAUUGAUGGAAGUUUAAGUAAUCUGAAACCAACUGAUUUACAGCCAGCUAGUUGUAGUCAGGAAAACUUGUCUGGAUUGAAGAAGGAUGUAGAAAUGGAGCAGUCUCCAACUGUAGUUUCCCAAGGCCAUGAUGGCGAAUUAUCAACUGAUGGAAGUUUAAGUAAUCCAAAACCACAUGAUAUGCACAGAAAUUUGGGCUUGCCUGCAUCUAGGGGGGUUCUUUUUACUGAUGACAAAAGUGACGAUACAAGCCAAAGAGUUGAGACUGUUGCUGAUGAUUAUCUUGAUGAAAAAAUUCAAGUCGACUCAUCUGCUUCUGGGGUGACGACUAAUUUUAUUGCAGCUUCUACGCAGAAUAUCUCUUCUUCUUGUGAUGUCUUAAACAUUCAAAAUGUUGAAAAUCAAGUGGUUUGUAUUGGUGAUGAGGAGCAAAGUUCUUUACAGAUGCGAGCUAAUAAGCAAGAUUUUGGAUCUUCUAUGAUUAACACAGAUCCUGAUGUUGACGCUCAAAUUUUUAAUGUGAAUGCCGUUGGGGGUGAAACACAUCAUUCUGAAAAACCUCAGUGUUCAAUCCCUGUGGAAGAAGCUUUUGAAAGUGGGAGUGCUGCUGAAGGCCUUGAGACUGGCGUAAGUAGUUUAGAGCACUCCUCGAACAUGGUAUUUGGUGGUACUUCUGAUUUGCAGAAAGCAGAUACAUGCAAUGAAGAUACAUAUUCCAGAGCUUCGUACCAGGGCAGUAUAAAUGAAGAUGUGAUCUCUAUUAAAGAUGCAGUGACGGUUGAUCAAUCUGCAUUGAAUACAAGUGACUUACCAAAUGUUGCAAUUAAAGAUGACUCUAGUUCUGAGAGUCAUCAAGUUGAGCUUAGUAACUCUGAUCGCAGGACUUGUCCUAAUUUUCAGCAGAAUGUGGUUAGUCUUGAGAAGACAUAUGAUGAUAGCAGUGCUUCUAAGGAAAAAGAAUUAUUGAACAUUGGUAACCAGAUUUACUCAGAGGUUUUAUCAAGUAAGUCAGAGGCAUCUAUAUGUCUUGUAGCUGACCAUAACGCUUCUACUGUUAGUGAAGGAUAUAGUGGUAGAGAUGCAGAAGGUAUUUUCUGUUCUGAUAAGGUGGAUUCUACAAAUUCUUGCAUUUUGGGUGAGGCGACACAAGUAUGUGAAAACAACAAACCUGAUGAGCAGGGUGACCAUAAAAAAAUUUGUGAAGAUGAUUCUGUCAGUGAACUAGAGAGUAUAAAGGCCCCUUCUGAUUAUAGCCUACUUCAUUGUACUGUUGACCAAUCCCAUAUUGUUGAUGGGCGAGUUGGUUCAUCACCUCUUGGUGAUAGCCUGGAAACUAAGUUGACAACCUCCACUGUAUCAGUUGAUGCCAUGCCUAUCAGUAGUUCAGCUUCACAAUAUAUACUAGAAAAUAUUAUUUCAUCUUCGACACCCUGUGACAUAGUAGAUACUCCACCUCCUUCUAGUAGACUUGUGUCCACACAUGAAGUUACAGUUGACUAUGAAAUUCAGCGUAUGAAGCUUGAUGGGUCUGCUUCUGUUGAUGAAAAGGAAGACUCUGAAGCCAAAGUAUCUGAGGAAGCAGGCAAUAGUUCAGCUUCACAAUUUAUAUUAGAAAAUAUUAGUUCGACUUCGACAUCCUGUGAGAUAGUAGAUAUUCUUCCACCUCCAUCUAGCAGAAUUGUGUCCACACAUGAAGUUACAGCUGACUAUGAAGUUCAGCGGGUGAAGCUUGAUGGGUCUGCUUCUAUUGAUGGAAAAGAAGAAUCUGAAGCCAAAAUAGCCGAGGAAGCAAGCAGUUCUGUUCCCAUUUUGUCUCCUGAACAGGACGUUGCUUCUUGUCCUGUUACUGGAACUGAAAAGCAAGAAUUUUCUGACACUUCUAGACAGCUUGAGAAAGUAAGCAGUUGUGGGCAGAAAUCAGGGACUACUGCUACUGAGAAGAUUGGUGAACCUCAAGAAGCAGUAACUAAUAAGGUUGACCAGGAGUGCAUAAAAGAGGUUGGUUUGUCUGCAGUUCUAUGUGAAUCAAAAGAGAAACAAGGUGAUGGAAUUGCAGUUUCUUUUAUUCAGGGUGACAAGGAGGCAGUACAAGAGAAUCAUGACAAGCCAUGCUCAAAAUUACCAGGCUCCAUAUCAUCUUCUUUACCUGAUUCUCACAAUGAGUUGCAUGAAACUGGAGGCUGUCCUGCCAAUCUGACCAGUAUUACUUGUGGCCCAUCUGUUACAUUUGGAAGCCCUGUUGAAACUGAAAAGGAUGAUAAUCAAGUUAAGCCUACUGCUAAUCUGAACCCUCCAAUUUCUGAGUCCAUAAAUAAGGACGCAACAAACAUGUCUUCUGAUCAUGGUCAUAAGGAGAAUGAUGUAUCUAAAGAUGAGAAAAGCUUAACGCCUGAGGUAAAUCCAGUGGCGAAUUUGUCCAAAGAAGACAUUACAGAUUUGACUACAAAAGGAACAGGUACUGGCAAGAGGCAACCAGUUCCUGUUGUUGCAGCCAACAAAGAAUCAACGGUUGUGGAAGAAUCUCCACUGGCUUCUGGCUUAGGUACUCCCAAAACCAAUGUAGCAGGGAAUAUCCCAUGCGGGAGUCCACAAAUUUCUGAUGGUAAAUUAGCACGAAGUGUUUGUAAAGGCACCCCUGAGCGCAAACCUAGGCGAGCAUCUAAUAAGACAGCUGGAAAGGACACUUCUAGAAAGGGGAGUAAAUCAAAAACUCCAGUAAGACAGCAAGAAAAAGGGGAUAGAUCAAAUAGUGUGUCCUUGAGCCCAUCGCCCGGUUUCCAGCUGAUGCAAUCCAACGAGGUGCAGCAGUAUGGGCACAUUGAUUCCAUCCGUACAAAACCAUUUUCUCUUUUAAAUGCUUCAACAUCUAGCCUUCCAGAUUUGAACAGUUCUGUUUCUCCACCUGUUUUGUUUCAACAACCUUUCUUGAAUAUUCAGCAAGUACAAUUGCGUGCUCAGAUCUUUGUCUAUGGAGCAUUGAUUCAAAGCACCGUACCUGACGAGGCAUGUAUGAUAUCUGCUUUUGGGGGCCCAGAUGGUGGAAGGAGCAUGUGGGAGAAAUCCUGGUCUUUAUGCAGGGAAAGGCAGCAUGGUCAAAAAUCUCAUCCAAUUAACCCAGAAACACCUAUACAAUCACGAUCUGGUCCUAGAACCCCUGAUUUGGCAGCUAAGCAAAGUGCACUUCUAGGAAAAGGCAUCUCUUCACCUCUUGGCUUAGCCAGUAGCAAGGUUACUCCGGCAAUUGUAAACCCUUUAACACCCCUUUCAUCUCCCCUUUGGAGUUUACCAACUCCAUCUGGUGAUUCUCUGCAAUCUACUGCCCUUGCAAGAGGUUCUGUUGUGGAUUAUUCACAGGCACCGACUUCAUUACAUUCUUAUCAAACUCCACCUGUGAGAAACUUUCUUGGACAUAACACAUCGUGGAUGUCCCAAGCUCCCCUUCGUGGACCAUGGAUUGUUUCUCCUCCUCCUGCACUUGAUAAAGGUUCCCAUCUUUCAUCAUCACCUGUCACAGAUACAAAUAAGUUCAGUUCAGUCAAAGGAUCUUCUGUACCUCCUUCCUCUAGCAUAAAGAAUGUUCAACCUGGUCUGCCAGGUUCUUCUGCAGUUCUAAAAAGUGUGCCGGUGGCGACUGCCCCUCCGCUUGAUACAAACAAUGUGACGGUCUCACAUGCUCAGCAUUCUUCAGUUCCAAAGCCUAAAAAAAGGAAGAAGGUUCUGGUGUCUGAGGAUCCUGGCCAGAAGGCUAUGCAUUUUCAAUCCCAAGUAGUAAUGACUCCUGUUGCCAGCAGCCAUAUAUAUACUGCUGUUCCCACUGCAACCCCUGUUGGGAAUGUGCCAAUAACUACUGUUGAAAAGUCAGUUGUGUCUAUAUCUCCUGUAAGUCUUGCUGAUCACCUCAAAAGUGACUGGAAUGUUGAGAAGAGGAUUAUGUCAGAAGAUUCUCUUACGAAAAUUAUGGAGGCUAGGAUAAGCGCUGAGGAAGCUUCUUCUCUUUCUGCUGCUGCUGUGAAUCAUAGCCUGGAGAUAUGGAAACAGUUGGAUAAGCAAAAAAAUUCUGGAUUGGUGUCAGAUAUUGAGGCCAAACUAGCUUCUGCAGCAGUUGCAGUUGCAGCUGCUGCUGCUGUUGCAAAGGCAGCGGCUGCAGCUGCCAAUGUGGCAUCAAAUGCUGCAUUGCAAGCGAAACUGAUGGCUGAUGAAGCAUUGAUCUUAUCUGGUUGUGAGAGUUCUGGUCAAAUUUCUCUCUCUGAGGGAAUGAGUAACUUGGGAAAUGCAACCCCUGCUUCCAUCUUGAAGGGUGCUAAGGGAACGAAUAGCUCUAGUUCUAUUAUCGGCGCUGCAAAAGAGGCCGCAAGAAGGGGAGUAGAAGCUGCUUCAGCAGCCAGAAAACGAGCUGAAAAUAUGGAUGCUAUUGUGAAGGCUGCUGAGCUGGCAGCAGAAGCAGUAUCACAGGCUGGAAAGAUUGUUACUAUGGGUGAUCCGCUGCAGUUAAGUGAAUUAGUAGAAGCUGGUCCAGAAGGUUGCUGGAAAGCAGCAGCCCAGGAAUCUUCUCAGCAAGUUGGAUUAUUGAGAGGCAUGACUGGAGGUCUGAUAAACAUUCACAAUGUUGGAGACAGACUGGAAACUUCUCAUGUAGGUAACCAAGAUAUCUCAUCCAAGGAAACGGGGAAGCAGAUUGCUGCAACAGACAAGUCACCUUUUCAUGUGGUGCAUAAAGAAAUAUUACAUGACCAUAUUGAUGGCAUCUCCUCUGCUACUAACAUCACUGAGAAGAGUUCUAAAGGGCCAAAGGGUCGAAAGAUCUCUAAUUUGGUUAAUCCCAUUGGCGUGCUUCCUCAAUCUGAGACUGAAAUACAUGCUUCUUCCAAUGUUGGUGAUGGAUCUGAAAAUCUGGAGGACAAUAAGAUAAAGGAGGGCUCACUUGUUGAGGUUUUCAAAGAUGGAGGUGGAUUUAAAGCAGCAUGGUUCACAGCCAAUAUAUUAAGUUUGAAGGAUGGUAAAGCGUAUAUAUGCUACAGCGUGCUUGUAGCUGAUGAAGGUGAUGGGCCUUUGAAGGAAUGGGUUUCUCUCGAAGGUGAAGGAGACAAACCACCAAGAAUACGUGUUGCUCGUCUACGAAGUGGUUUUCAUAAUGAAGGAGUAAGGAAAAGAAGACGAGCUGCGAUGGUAGAUUAUUCUUGGUCCGUUGGGGAUAGAGUGGAUGUAUGGGUACAAGAAAGCUGGCAGGAAGGAGUUAUUACAGAUAAUAACAAGAAAGAUAAAACGUUUACCGUUCGCUUUCCAGCAAGUGGAGAAUCAUCAGUUGUCAGAGCUUGGCAACUUCGUCCAACACUUGUUUGGAAGGAUGGGAACUGGAUUGAGUCUCCCAAGGCCAGUGCAAAUGACAGUCCCACCAAUGAGGGUGAUACACCACGUGAAAAACGACCUAAAUUGGGUAGUCCUGAAGUAGAUUUAGCAAAAGGGAAAGACAAGAUUUCAGAUGGUCAAGCUUUGGAGUCGGCAAAUCCCAGCGAGUCAAGGUUACUUAAUUUGACUGAAAACGAUAAAGUGUUUAAUAUUGGCAAGAACAGCAAGAAUCAAAUCAAACCUGGUGUGCCCAGAAUGGGGAGGACUGGUCCUAAAAAAGAAGGAUCAGGAGUGAUUUUCGGUGUUCCUAAACCUGGGAAGAAAAGGAAGUUUAUGGACGUAAGCAAGCAAUAUGCUACAGAUGGGACAAACAAGACUAAUGAUGAAAAUGAUUCAGUUAAGCUUGCAAAUUUCUUGAUACCUCAGAGUUCAGGGUCCCGUGGAUGGAAAAAUAGUUCAAAAAUUGAUACCAAGGAGAAACUAGGAACCAACUCCAGGCCCAUCUUUACGUCUGGAAGGCCGCAGAGCGGUUUGGGCAGAGCGAUCCCACCAAGAGAAAAGCCUCCAAUUAACUCUCAUACCAAUGAUAAGACAAGUCGUUCAGAGAGGAUCAAGGAUUCUUCAAGCCAUUUUAAGAAUGCAUCUCAGAGUGAAAAUCAGAUGGUUGGAAACACUGGAGCUGGAGCAGGACCAACCUUGUAUUCUUCACUUGGAUCUUCAACUGAUUCUCAUCCCACUAAAAGAACAUCCACAUUAAGGGCAAGUAAAGGAAAACUUGCGCCCACUGGUGGAAGGGUGGGUAAAGCUGAGGUGGAGAAGACAGAUGGAAAUCUGGCGAAAUCAACAUCUGAUGUCAUGGAGCCUCGUAGGUCCAAUCGCAAGAUCCAGCCAACAUCAAGACUAUUAGAAGGAUUGCAGAGCUCUUUAAUUAUCUCAAAGAUUCCUUCUGGCUCACAUGACAAGGUUCACAAAAACCAGAAUCGUAAUACUUCUAAGGGCAAUAACCAUGAUUGAAUGGAGGAGUUGCAAGAAGCACCGUUCAGUUGAAAGACCAACAGUUAUGGGAUGACCUGCAAACUCGGCAUAAAUGUGUACAUUUAUUAUAUGUCAGGGAACAUAGGAAUGGAAACUAUUGUUUCCUUGGGUGUAGGCAGACUAGUCUAGUAGAUGUUCAUAAUGAUUUAAUAUUGUUUACAAUAUGAUUUGAUCCUUAGGUCUCGUGGUACUGUAGGCUGUAUAUGGAAUUUAUUUAUGUUGACUGGUUUAUAGAGGUUUGCUUAUUUCAUCAAUUGGUAACUUCAUUUA